UUUAAGUUUCAGGGGUCCAGGAUGCCACAUCGUACGACCGAGCAUCGAGAUGAAGAGUCCUUUCUCUCCAGUUGUGCUUUUUUUUAAACUUCCUCUUCUCAUGAGCUUUCUUCCAGUGCAGCUUUCUGUCGAAUCUCUGACAAAGCUGAUUUGUCAAGAGCAACCAAUCAGGGUGCUGGCUGGAGAUGAUGUCAUUCUACCAUGUCACCUUCAACCUUCCAUUAGUGCCAGCUCUCAGACAGUGGUGUGGACCAAACCUGGUUUGAACCCAAAGUACAUCCACAUUCAUAAAAAUGGAAAACAGGUGCAAGAGUAUCAGAAUCCAUCUUACAAACACCGCACAAGGCUUUUUAUGGAUGAACUGAGGGAUGGAAAUGUCUCUCUUAAAAUCAGCAGCUUGCAAACCUCUGAUGCAGGGACAUACCUUUGCAUCCUUGAACAAAAUCAAAUGGAAGCAUCAGUCCAACUAGAAGUGGGUGCCGUAUCCACACCCUCCAUAGAGGUUGUUUCAGAGAAAACAGGGAGUUUGGUUCUUCAGUGCAGAUCUAAUGGCUGGUAUCCAGAGCCUGAAGUGCUGUGGCUGGAUGAUAAGGGAAACAUCCUCUCUGCUGAACAUCCAGAGACACUCAAAGGUCCUGAUGGUCUCUACUCUGUCAGCAGCAGAGUGACUGUGGAGAUGAGAGAGAGCAACUUCUUCACCUGUAGAGUCCAUCAGAGGAACAUCAAACAGACCAGAGAGACACAAUUAAACCUUUCAGUGAAAUGCUUCACUGAUGAUUGUAAUAAAUGCACUAUUUGGUGCUAUAUCCUCGUCUUCAUUCUGUUCAUCUACAGUAUCCUUGUCACCUACAAUCUGAUCCAGAAAAAGGACAAGACAGAACCAGUGAAAAGCUUGACUAAGGAGGAAGACAAGCCUCUCAAUGCAAUCGAGGUUCCAUCGCAAAAGAAAAGUGUUCACUUAUGUUGUAUUUGACUAAGACUGCUCCAUCGCCUUUAAAUGUCACAUAAAAAUGAUAAAGAUAAUGGUUGGAUGGAAAACACAUUUCUAAAUAAAGGGGACUUGUCUCUGUCAGAGCAAAAAGCAUGGAGUUUAAAAUGCAGGCAGGAAAAAGAGGUCAAAUUAACAGGGUUCCCACGCGUCCUGGAAAACCUGGAAAACCUGGAAAACAGUUGACCAGUUUUCCAGUCCUGGAAAA